UUCGACGACAACGACGACGACGACCCGAAAAUAGCUUCACAACAGCGAGAAAAUCACUCUCUUAAAGAAAGCACCGGUGACUAUCAGGUCAUGUGAUGCCAAGAAUGCUUGACCCCAUCCACGGCCGCCUACCCUGAAGCACAACACCAUGGCUCCUCGAGUCAUGUUCUUCGUGGGCGCUCCCCCGGCCUCAUCGCUCAAACCCGAAUCCUGCACCCUGGAAAAACUCGACGAUGCCUUUGCCGCAUUCCUCGGCAUCCCCAAUGGACAGCCAAAGCUGCAGCCCUCUCCGUCGUCGUCGUCGCAAGUAGCGUGGCGGUCACUCCCGCUCACGAGACAGCCGCUGCACACAGGCUUCAGCCAGACCCACGACAUCAGUGACUAUCUCCUACCUAGCCGACCUGAGUUCUUCACCACGGCUGAUGUCUCGUUUGACGGGCAAAUACCGUCUCUCGACAGCGAAGGCGCGCAUGACGUGCUGUCGCAGUUCUAUGACCACUCCCUCGCCGUGCACAACUCGAUCCCAUCGUCACAACUGGAGUCCUAUGAACAGAGCUCAACAACAGACACUUCAUUUAUGACUACAUCGUCAACAGACCAGCCGGGCACCGCUUCGGCGCCUGUACCUUGCCAUCUGUCCGACCUGGAAGACAUCCCUUCCGCGCGUCGGAUCCAAGCCCUCAGCCCGCAGAUUGUCACGCUCAACCUCAUCGUGGGCGUGCUCUCGAUUGCCCAGCCCAGGACGGUCACUACCCGGUGGGGCAGAGUGCUCGCCCUCGUCGAGGUCCUCGUUGGCGACGAUACGAAGUCCGGCUUUGCUGUGACGUUCUGGCUCUCCAACGACAACGCAACCGAGACCCAGGUGCGUAGUCUGAGGCGCCAGGACGUGGUGUUGAUGCAGAAUGUGGCCCUGCACGUCUUCCGCGGCAAGGUCUAUGGCCAGAGCCUACGCAAGGACAUGACCAAGGUGAAUCUGCUGUGGAGGCGGGACGGCUCGGGACAUUACUCCACGAAGGACUUUGCGAGAAGAGGUCAGGUACAUCCUCAGUUGGAAAAGACCAAGCACGUCAAAAACUGGGUACUCAAGUUUGUGGGAGGUGAGCCGGUUUCAAAGAAGAGAGCAAAACGGAAAUCAUGGGACAAGCCACCGGAUGACACGCAAUGAAUUGUCGAAAACGACGU